UUUUCGUUUUUGACCAUUUACCAACGGUCUACACUCUACACACACCACACACCCGCACGCACAUGAAAGAGAGACUCCAGUGAAAUUCUGAACAUCGAACAAAUAGAGCGAGUGCUAACGACAGCUCUUGAUCUGAAUACGUGACGCCUUUCGAAUCUCUUCAUCUAAAUCUCCAACAAAAUCCAUCACUUUCUCGCAGAACAUAUAAAUUCCAACACCUUGCAAUCGGUUCUUCGUGUCGCGUUUUUGAUUUUGUUUUCCUUUUUCCUUUUCUCGAUUUACGCAUUUGUAAUUGCCUCUAGCUAGGGUUAGGGUUUUCGAUUUGCUUACCUUUUUAAUGUUUGUUGUAUGUUGUAACGAAUCGAAUGAAAUUUCUACAGGAAGUUAAACUUCCUCUUCAACAUGCUAAUUCUAGAUUAGAUUAAUUUUGAUUUUUGUAAAAUUGAUUUGGCGGGGUGUGAAAAAUGGAGAUGGACAACACUUCUCGCGGCAGAUCAUUCGAUAGAUCAUCACGAAACCCUGCUACACUGAAGAAACCUCGAUUGGUAACGGAAGAGCCAACGAUUCUUCGCAGUAAUAAUAAUGUCAAUGGUAAUAAUAGGCCUAUAGUUCAACGGCCGUCAGUGGGGUUCCGGCCGGCGGUGGAGAGAGACGGAGACUCCGAGUCGUAUCAGCCCCAAUCGCUAUCACAGAUAAAACAGCAACAACAUCAAGAGCUUGUGAGUCAGUAUAGGACAGCUCUAGCGGAACUGACUUUCAAUUCGAAACCAAUCAUAACGAACUUGACUAUCAUCGCCGGAGAAAACGCCCAGGCUGCUAAAGCUAUUGCUGCUACCAUCUGCAAUAACAUUAUCGAGGUUCCGAGUGAUCAAAAGUUGCCGUCGCUAUAUCUUCUAGACAGUAUCGUGAAGAACAUUGGGCGAGAUUACAUCCGACACUUUUCCACCAAACUCCCUGAGGUAUUUUGCAAGGCAUAUAGACAGGUUGAUUCUGCAUUACAUUCUGGAAUGCGACAUCUUUUUGGGACAUGGAAAGGAGUAUUUCCACCUCAAUCACUUCAAUCAAUAGAAAAAGAACUUGGUUUUUCAACAGUUGGGAAUGGGAAUGGGAAUGGGAAUGGUUCCUCUUCAGGGCUGACCACAUCUAGACCUGACUCACAACCACAACGCCCUGCUCGCAGUAUUCAUGUAAAUCCCAAAUAUUUGGAGGCAAGACAAAAACUCCAACAAUCAAACAGGCCAAAAGUUGCAGCCAGUGACAUACACACAACUCGUGCUGAUCCUCGCCUUAAGAUGCAUCAGGCACAAAGAGAUCCAGAGAGUGAUCUUACACACGAGAAUUAUGAAUUUGGUUCUGAUAUAUCAAGCCCUUCCGAGGGUAGUUUUGGAAAAUCCAAUGGAAGAGUAGGAGAACAAGGACUUGAAAAGACAUGGUAUGGAUCUGUGAGCAAUAGUACAGAUACAAUAUCCAGGCUUGAAAGAAAUGGACAUACAUUAUCAUCGAAUUAUUCACUCCAUAAAUCUUCAAUUCCUGAUGUGAAAUUACAACCUAUCAACAAUCUUAUAAAAGGAAGUGGUGAAGUGAGUAGAAGUUGGAAGAAUUCAGAGGAAGAAGAGUAUUUGUGGGAUGAUGUGAGCUCAAGAACAGUGAAUCCUAUUCUUACCUCUUCCAAUAGUUCAAAGAGAGAUCCUAGAUUGUAUUUUGAUCCCGACAGACCGGGUUUUGAUAAUCGUCUUCAGAAAUCACAACGGAUGCACGAGAAAGAAUCUUCACCUGAUCUACCAUCUGCAGAACAGCGGAUACCUUUACCUUCUACUUCACUAAGGGCAAAAGGGUCAUUUUCGACAGACGAAAAUUCCUUUGUAGGUGCUUCUAGAAACUUAUUACAUGGUUCUAAAGUUUUCCCUUCCUCUUCAAGUGGGGUUUCAGUGUCAACAAGUCUUGAUUCUUUAUCCAGAAUCUCUUUGCAAUCUCUUAAAGCAGCUCGAUCUCAGGGGCAAAUAAGUCAAGAUUCUCAAAAAUCAAAACUUCAAAAUUUACACCCGAUAAAACGUGCUCCAUUUCCGCCACCUCAUCAAGAACCCAUAUCAGAACCUUCUGUUAAACUUCAACCUCAACCCCCUAAACCCUUACCAGUGCCACGUCAGCAAAAACCUGUAGUUGCAGAUAUACCAGGAUUAUCCUCCACAAGUAGUUUAUUAGCUGCUGUUAGCAGCAUUUUUGGCAAAAAAACUACUACUCAAUCCAUGUCAUCAUCUCUCAAAAUCCCAUCCUCCCAUGAAAGCACAUCACUUUCAUCAUCUCUUCUUGGUACUACUCCAUCAACACAGAGUACAACUCUUCCAAAUCCUGAAUCAAAUGUCUCAAGUCUUUUGAGUACAUUGCUCUCAAAGGGUUUAAUCUCUGCAUCAGAAGACAACAACAACAAUAUUAAUAACAAGAAUAAUAAUAACAAAAGUGAUGAUGUCAUUGUUACUCAAACUCCAAAACUUCCUCCAAAAGUUUCCUCAAAGAGUGUUGUGAUUAAUAACAAGGGUGUUGUAGGAUUAGAGUUUAAGCCUGAUGUGAUUAGGGAGUUUAAUCCUUGUGUGAUUAGUGAGCUAAUUGAUGAUCUUCCACAUCAAUGUGGGAUUUGUGGGUUAAGAUUCAAAGUUGAAGAACAAUUCGAUAAUCAUAUGGAGUGGCAUGUGUUAAAAAAUUCUGAAUCCAACACUCUAAAUACAAAAUCAUCAAGGAGAUGGUUUUUGAAAGCUGAAAAUUGGGUCAACGGGGAGUCUGACUUUGACUUUGACUUUGACCCGGGGUCAACUACACAAGAAACAUUCUUGAUUGAUGGUGAACAGAUGGUUACUGCAGAUGAAACUCAAGUUGUGUGUGUUUUGUGUGGAGAAAUUUUUGAUGAUUUUUAUAAUCAAGAAAGGAAUAAAUGGAUGUUUAAAAGAGCUGCUUAUUUAAAUAUCGGCAAUGGUGGGACCCGGGGUGUAAUUGUGCAUGAAAAUUGUGUAUCAGUGAAUUCGCUUUCUGAUUUGGGGUUAGCCAAUGAUGUGAAAGUGGAAAGGGGUGUAUGAAGGGUAAAAGAGGAAAACCAGGUUCAUUUUUCUAUAUCAAGGUUACUUGUUCUGUUAAAAAGUAUUGUUGUUUUCUGGUUGACGAUUCUUGAAUGGAAGAGAAUUAUUAGAUCAUAGUGUCAUACCGUUUUUGACCUUUUUUUUUUUUUUUUUUUUGAAGUUGUCGAUUUGUAUAAUGCUAUA